AUGGCUGACCGCGCCGCAGAUGACAGCGCAGCCCAGAAGCGAACCCACGCUGAGCUGGACAAUGACGCUUCAGAUUCCUCGGAUGACGACAUGGGCCCCCAGCUGCCCUCGGCCGAAGCGCCCAAGAAGAAGCGGCGCGUCCUGCCAUACGAGAAGCUCUACGUGGCCGCCCUGCCCGUCUCGGCGCGAUACUCCCGGUCCCUCAUGCACAAGGAGCAAGUCUCGUUUGUGACGUGGACGCCGCUCACCGAAUUUCUCAUUACCGCGUCUGUCGACGGCGUGGUCAAGUUCUGGAAAAAGGUGGCGCAGGGCAUUGAAUUCGUCAAGGAGUUUCGAGCACAUGACGGCGAGAUUAGGGCCGUGGCGGUUAGUCAGGAUGGCCGCAGCUUUGCUACGGCCGGAGCGGACGAAACUAUCAAGAUAUUCGACGUCAUCACGUUUGAUCUCUUGUCCAUGAUCACGCUGGGCUACGUGCCUAGGAGCGUGUGCUGGGUGCACAAAAAGGGCGCCUCGUUUCCACUGCUGGCGGCGUCCCAAGAGGGGAAGCCGCUCGUACAUGUGUACGACGGCAGGGGGGACAGGGAGGAGCCGAUCCAUACCAUAAAGGGGCUGCACCGAAACCCUGUCCAUCUGAUGGCAUUUAAUGACAGCUACGAUUGUGUCGUAUCUGCCGACGAGGGCGGCAUGAUCGAGUACUGGCGUCCGAGCGGGACAUACGAAAAGCCUGAGGGGGUGUUUGAGUACAAGAGCACGACGAAUCUUUUUGAUUUCAAAAAGUCCAAAUCUGUUCCUACAUGUAUCACCAUCUCCCCGCAGGGCACCAGCUUUGCCACCUUUUCGCUCCCUGAUCGCAAGAUUCGGCUGUUCAAUUUCGCGUCGGCCAAGCUGCAUCGUACCUAUGACGAGUCACUGCAAGCCAUGCAAGAUUUGCAGCAGGCGGGGGGUGCGCUGCAGAAGAUGGAUCAGGUCGAGUUUGGGCGGCGGUUAGCGCAGGAGCGCGAGGUCGAGUCGGCGAGCAUGCGGUCCGGGUCGAACGUGGUUUUUGACGAAUCAGGGAAUUUCCUGGUGUACGGAUCCAUGUUGGGCAUCAAAGUCGUCAACACGUACACGAAUCAGGUGGUCAGGACGUAUGGGCGCGAUGACGGGCUGCGCGCCAUCAACUUGGCCAUGUACCAGGGUCAGCCGCAGAAAAAGGGUGUCACAUCGGUGGAGAUGGGCGCGUCGAGUAACCCCCUGCUGCAGGAAUCAGAAGCCCGUGACCCUGUGCUGGUGGCGACGGCGGCGGGCAAAGUCCGAUUCUACCUGUUCACAAACGACGAGGAAAUCUCGAAAUCGACGCGCGACGUGCACAAUGAACGGCCGGUCGCGCAAGGUCGCAAGAAGGAGGGCAAUGCUAAGAAAACAGAGACAGGGAAUGCAGCGGUGCUCCAUACGACUUAUGGUGACAUCCACUUGCGCCUCUUUCCCGAUGCGGCACCGAAAACGGUCGAGAACUUUGUCACGCACGCAAAGCAGGGCUACUAUAACAACACCCUCUUCCAUCGCGUCAUUCGCAAGUUCAUGAUACAGUGCGGCGACCCGCUCGGCGACGGCACAGGCGGCGAGAGCAUCUGGGGUCGCGAGUUUGCGGACGAGUUUAGCAGCCUCAAGCAUGACAAGCCGUACACGGUCAGCAUGGCCAAUGCCGGGCCCGACACUAAUGGCAGUCAGUUUUUUAUCACGACGGAAAAGACGGUAAGUGGGCACGCUACCUCCCUUCCCGCCCGGGAUGAUCCUGCAGAUUUUUCCCGCUCCUCUUUCUCUCUACCCGCCUAUAGUACGGAACCCCACGUUGGGCUAACCGAAGAGUAUUGUGCUGCAGCCAUGGCUUGA